CUGUUUGAACCGUGUACGGCCAUCAGCCUGUGCAGUUUUACUCUGUCUGUCCCCGCUUGGAGCUCGGUUAACGCGUAGUAUUAUUAUUUUUUACGUGGGAAUCAACUGUGUGCUGUUUUAGAGUUUUUUUCGAUUGUUAAUAUAGGGGAAACUAGUGUUAUUACGUCAUUGUCAGAACCCCUAGCCAUCUCUUUAGCCUAUUUGUUUGGUUGUAAAUUCGUAACCCUUCAAUUUAUUAGUUAAUUAUGAAUGUUUCUAAGAUCGUCUAUACCUCAUCUGAUUUAAAAAAUCGAUAUAAUCGUCAACAUCACCAUCAUCGUCAGACUCACCAUCAUCAUAAGUGUGCUUACUAAUUCUGAGAAUAAAAACGAUAGUUUGCGUACGUGAACAAUACUUCUACUGAGCGGGACAGAGAAAAAAGUGUAAACAUAAAAUUCAGAGAAGCGUUUGAUUGCACUUGAACGAAAAAGGCAUUAUAGCAACUGCAUCCAACUACAGUCAGGAAACUCUGGGACAGCGAGAAGCCUUCAGUCACCGUCCAACCAUUGCGGCUAGAGCACGUUCGCCACUCUUUCAUUUUUCCUUCUCGCCAGUCUCAAUUUACAGUUCUCAGCAGGCAGAAAACUGAAAACAGUGUACCUCACGACAGAGAGAAAUAAAAUGACUGCGCAAGUUCUAUCGAUACCUUCAAUACCACAGGAUUACACGGAUAAUAAAGUAAAGGAUGAUUCGUCGUACUCAUUGACCGAACCAGCAGUGUCAUAUCAUGCAGAAAUUACUAGGUUGGAAUCUUUUCGCGAUUGGUCGGUUUCAUUCAUCAAUAAGGCAGAACUCGCUCGGUAUGGGUUUUACUACGUAGGACCAAACGACAUGGUUAAGUGUUAUUUCUGCCGGGUUGAAAUCGGCCUGUGGGAACAGAAUGAUAAUGUUUUAUCUGAGCAUCUGAGAUGGUCGCCGUACUGCCCGUUGUUGCGAAAACGUCAAACCAAUAAUAUUCCGGUUGAUGGGAGUUUUCUAGAUCAGCUACCGGAACCUAGUUAUGACACUUGUGGCAUUAGGAUACGGGAGAAUUCUGUUGCGGAAAAUGAUCGGUCUUCAUCAGAUAGGAGUAGCAAUGGAUCACUGUUAUCGCCACCUAGUUCACUAACUUCCGAAUCUAGUAUGAUGUCUACCGGUUCAGUUAGUCAUGAACACCAUUUGCAGCAUCAUCAGCAGCUUCAAGAACCACAGCAAAAACGGCCUGAGUAUCCAAACUACGCUAUAGAGGCAAAAAGGUUGGAAAGUUAUGACGAUUGGCCGAAGUUCAUGAAGCAAAAACCAAAAGAACUUAGUGACGCUGGGUUUUUCUAUACAGGCAAAAGUGACCGAGUAAAGUGUUUUAGUUGUGGGGGUGGACUAAAAGACUGGGAGGCUGAAGAUGAGCCCUGGGAACAGCAUGCCAUGUGGUAUAGUCAUUGUGAGUACCUGAAACUAAUGAAGGGCGAAGAUUAUAUUGCCCAGUGUUUGUUGAAAAAGAAUGAUCCCCCUGCUGCAUCAGAACCUCUUGAAAUUCCUCAUCAUUUCAUUCCGUCAUGUUCGCCACAGCCUUCUACAUCGGGAGUGGCUUCGUCUGCAACCACCUCGCUUCCUUCAUCGCAGUCUUCCAGUUUGAGCACGUCAAUGGAAGAGACUAAUCCUAGCGGUAACAUUAUCUGCGGUAUCCGUUCUUCAAUGGCCCAUGCGUCAUCUAGUAGUGGUGUCGAUGAGGAUGAAGACGAACCGAGCCGUAAGUUGGAUACGAACCGAACAUGCAAAAUCUGCUACGUUAAUGAAUACAAUACGGCAUUUUCACCUUGCGGUCACGUGGUAGCAUGUGCUAAGUGUGCCUCCUCGGUUACUAAGUGUCCUCUUUGUCGAAAACCUUUUACAAAUGUGAUGCGGAUUUAUUUGAUGUGAAACUUUAAAGCAAAACAAUUCACAGAAUAAACCUACAACUUUUCCGGAAUAAACUUGUCUGAAAAACAAGUGGAAAGCGUUUCAAGUACGGGUUCGACCCACAAAAGGUUCCAUUGAGACUAACAUGAUCUCGACGGAUAAAGUUUAUCGAUAGAUGGCAUUUUCGAUCUGGCGAAAUGACUGCUUGCAUCUGUCACCAUGUAUGCUGCAUUGCAAACUCUAUAUCUAUUGCGCUUCGCCUUUAGUAACACAUCAGAUCCUGUACGAGAAGUACUAUAUAGUACUAAAUUUAAAUUUACGAGCGAUAAAAUGUUUAAUUUAGUGUACAUAUUUAUAAAUUGACUAUAAGUAUAUAAACUAUAAGUAUCUAUUACAGUAAAAAAUGUGAAUAAAAAUCGGAAAAAAUGUAACUGAAA